GUGGGCGCCCACCAGCGUCCUCCUCCUCCCCUCUCCCCCCUGUCCUCAUGGACUAUGCCGCUCCUGUCCCGUCCUCCUCCUGCCACUUCUUCCUUUCCUUGCUUCUCUCGCUCUGCCAGCACCCUCCUCCUCCUCCUCGCUGAAUAUCGAAUCUCUCCUCCGCGGAGGAGGCCCGCCGCGUCUCGCCGCCGAGGUGCCGGCCCGUUUGCCGGGGAGGUUUUCUUGGGGGAAGAAAGGUCGGGGUUUUCGGCUGGUUGGUUGGGAUUUUGGUUUCUGAUUCCAGCGGGCGAUUUCGAUUGGUUUUCUGCGAUUCGGAGUCCCUGUGCUGUGAUCCCUGCCGCUCCCUGCUUCCAUUUCUGUUCCCUGCAAGCACCCCCCGGAAUUCAGAGCGGUCGAGGCGGUUCUUCGCUCCGGGCUUCCGUCCAUGUAAGAGCGUCGAUGCGGAGAUUCGAGGUCGAACUUUGAGCGACAGAUCAACAACUGUUGCUUGAAGGUGGAUUUUUAUCCGUGAACCCGGUUUUCAGAUUGGUUGUUGCGAGGGCUGCAAGUGGAGGACUUGUCCCUUGGGACUGUCGUUUUUCGCGAGGAUUUGAGAGCUGUGGUCGAGGUCAAAAGAGAUCAAUGGCGUCGCUGUCCGAAAGCGACGGGACGAACAGGGGGGACAUGUGGGAGCUGGAUCAGAACCUUGAUCAGCCCAUGGAUGAGGAAGCCACCAGACUCAAGAAUAUGUACCGAGAAAAGAAAUUCUCAUCAGUUUUGAUGCUGCGGCUUGCAUUUCAGAGCCUUGGGGUGGUCUUUGGUGACUUGGGCACAUCACCGCUCUAUGUGUUCUAUAAUGCCUUUCCUCAUGGAGUAAACGACAACGAGGAUGUUAUUGGAGCUCUUUCCUUGAUCAUUUACACCCUUACUCUCAUCCCUCUUGUGAAGUAUGUUUUUGUUGUCUUGCGGGCAAAUGACAAUGGUCAAGGUGGUACACUUGCUCUAUAUUCACUUCUCUGCCGUCAUGCAAAGAUCAGCACUAUACCCAACCAACACAAGACUGAUGAGGACUUAACGACAUAUAGUCGGCAAACUUAUGAGGAGAACUCAUUGGCAGCAAAAAUAAAGAGAUGGCUAGAAACACGCGCAUAUAAAAGAAACUGUCUUCUUAUUCUUGUUCUCCUUGGUACUUGUACAGCUAUUGGAGAUGGAAUCCUUACUCCUGCUAUAUCAGGUAUUCUACAUAAUCUCUUCCGAAUUCAUGUUCAGCAUCAUAUUUUUCUGAGUAAAUUGAACAUUUCCAGGAAUCUGAUUUGUGAUUUGUAUUUCACAGUUCUUUCUGCAUCAGGUGGAAUAAAAGUUCAGAAUCCAAACAUGAGUACUGAUAUUGUUGUACUUGUUGCCGUGAUCAUCUUGAUUGGAGUAUUCAGCAUGCAACACUUUGGUACAGACAAAGUUGGAUGGCUAUUUGCACCUAUAGUGCUCAUCUGGUUCAUUUUAAUUGGAAGCGUCGGUGCACUGAACAUACACAAGCAUGGUAGCUCUGUAUUAAAAGCGUACAAUCCAGUCUAUAUAUACCGUUAUUUCCGAAGGAAUGGCAAUUCUUCUAACACCUGGACUGUUCUUGGAGGAAUCAUGCUUAGCAUCACAGGAACUGAAGCGUUAUUUGCGGAUCUAUGUCAUUUUCCUGUUUUGGCCAUUCAGAUUGCAUUCACCUUCAUUGUAUUCCCAUGCCUUCUUCUGGCAUACACAGGGCAAGCAGCUUAUAUAAUUUCCAACAAGCAACAUGUGAAUGACGCCUUCUAUCGCUCCAUUCCAGAUGCCAUAUACUGGCCAGCCUUUGUUAUAGCAACUGCUGCAGCAAUAAUUGCAAGCCAAGCCACCAUAUCUGCAACCUACUCGAUAAUAAAGCAGGCUCUUGCACUAGGAUGUUUCCCCCGCGUGAAGGUAGUCCACACCUCGAAGAAAUUUCUCGGGCAGAUUUAUAUCCCUGACAUCAACUGGCUCCUCCUUAUUCUUUGUAUUGCUGUGACUGCUGGAUUCAAGAACCAGAGCCAGAUAGGAAAUGCAUACGGCACUGCAGUGGUUAUAGUUAUGCUAGUGACAACGUUCCUCAUGGUACCAAUAAUGCUGCUGGUGUGGAAGAGUCACUGGAUUCUUGUCGUCACCUUUAUUGUGCUCUCGUUGAUGGUAGAGCUACCAUACUUCUGGGCUUGCAUAUUGAAGAUUGACCAGGGUGGUUGGGUCCCGCUUGUCAUCGCGAUAGCCUUCUUCAUCAUCAUGUAUGUGUGGCACUAUUGCACUGUAAAGCGGUAUGAAUUUGAGAUGCACAGCAAGGUGUCAAUGGCCUGGAUCCUUGGCCUUGGUCCGAGCCUUGGUCUUGUCAGGGUUCCAGGGAUAGGCUUUGUGUACACUGAGCUGGCAAGUGGCGUACCGCACAUCUUCUCCCACUUUAUCACCAACUUACCUGCUAUCCACUCGGUUGUUGUCUUCGUGUGUGUCAAGUAUCUUCCAGUCUACACAGUCCCGGUGGAGGAACGGUUCCUUGUGAGGAGGAUUGGGCCGAAGAACUUCCAUAUAUUCCGUUGUAUUGCACGGUACGGGUAUAAAGACCUCCACAAGAAAGAUGAUGACUUUGAGAAGAUGCUCUUUGACUGCCUCACACUAUUCAUCCGACUCGAGAGCAUGAUGGAUGGUUAUUCAGAUUCCGACGAGUUCAGCUUACCAGAGCAGAGGACUGAAGGAUCGAUCAACACUGCAUUUCUGGCAGACAAAACUGUCAACACAAUGUGCUCCAAUGGUGACCUUAGCUACUCAUCACAGGAUUCUAUUGUGCCAGUGCAGUCACCGCUCGGGGUAAACAAUCUGUUGACGUACUCAAGCCAAACCAACCGUACAGUCAGCAACGAAGUGGAGUUCUUGAACCGGUGCAGGGAUGCUGGUGUUGUGCACAUCCUAGGGAACACCAUUGUGCGCGCUCGGAGAGAUUCAGGGAUCAUCAAGAAGAUUUCUGUAGAUUACUUGUAUGCCUUCAUGAGGAGGAUCUGCAGGGAGAACAGUGUGAUGUUCAACAUUCCUCAUGAGAGCCUUCUUAAUGUUGGGCAAAUAUACUACAUCUGAAACAUCAUUUUCCGUUUGGUUUGUACUGGAUUCUGAGCAAAAAGCUCUGAUGUACCGUUCUCUGGAAGGGAGAGGGGGUGGCUGCUUUAAACUGUAAAUAGGGAACUUAUCGGUCGUAGAAUAUAAAUAGGGAAUAGCUUCAGAUGUUGUUUCACGCCCUGCAUCUUUCAGGUGGUGUUCAUGCUAGAAAUGUUCGCCUUUUGUCUUGUAAUUCGUAAGAUUCAGAUGCUUCCUUUCCCUGAUAAAUCAUAUAUUGUGAUAGUUGUCUAGGAAAA